AUGGCAAACCAAUCAUCCUCUGCUCCUCUUCUCAAUCCGACAAGCCAGCCUCCACCAACUCUCACCAAGCCCUCGCCAAUGGCAUCCGGAGCCAUCACCACGCUCGGCGCUCUCAAAUUUGUUCUCGGGGCAGCCUGCGCCGUUGCGCCCAGAUUCUCCGGGGGCUUAUUCUUGCUCGAUGUCACGCCUCAAGCAGUCAUUAUGACCCGGCUGUUUGGCUCGGGCGUCGCGGCGCUCGGAGCUUUGACUUGGUCGCUGAAUAAGUGGGCGAACGAGGGCAAAGUUACCAAAGAUGAGCUUCGUCGGGCAGUCAUUUUCAACUUGGCUGAGGAUGUGGCGGAUGUUGCUAGUUGCGCUAUUGGGUACACGACGGGAAUGUAUGGCGCUGGGACGUUGGGCAUGCUUGGUGGUGGAUGUGCUGGGCUGGCUGCUUUGGGAGUUUUGGGCUUGAUUGGAUUGUCGAAGAAGGAAUAG